AUGAUCUAUAAACGGAAGAUCUUCGAAUCGUUAUUCAACGAGUCUCGAUCCCUAUGGAGUUUCUGCACUGGUCAAGGCCAGUCAAUCGUCAAGUUAUAUGAGCAAAAAAUCAGACGAGUCUACAAAAUGUUCUUUCUCAGCUGCAUUUUCGUAAAUAUCAUGUAUCCUAUGGAAGCAUUGUUGACGCGGCUUCCUCCACUCGAACCCAAUGGCACUGAGCGCAGAAAAUUGCCUUACAACUGGUUCACGGAUAACAUGGAAAAUAGUUGGCCAGGCUAUUGGGUGAUCUUUGUGAUUCAAAUGGUUGUAGUUCAAAACGGAAUAAUUUACACUGCAGUUUGCGACACUGCUCUGCCUCUCUUGAUGAUGAUCAGCUCCGAAUAUUUUAGACAUCUGAAAGAUCGCAUAAAUAAUUUUAUUGAAAAUCCAAAUUUAAAGGAAUCGGAUCAAAUACUUUGUAUUUAUUUUCAUCAAAGACUACUAACUUAUAUUCUUCAUCGAGGCAUUUACAAAUAUUAUGAAUUUUUUUUUGCUCCAUUUACAAUAAUAAAUGAACAGACUAAUGAUACAUACAGGUUUUGCGCCAAAUUAGGUGAAUUCGCUGGCGCGAUGCUUCUAACACAAAUUCUGAGUACUGGAUAUAAUAUAUCUCUCAUUCUAAUAAAACUCGUCAGUCCAGACCGCGACAAAUAUAAAUACUUUGCAUUACUGGGCACAUAUCUAUGUCAAUUGUUUAUGGUUCAAUGGGCACCCGAUCAUUUGCACGAUGAAGUGGCAUUUGCUGCUUACUCUGCAUACGUCGGAACUACGCAUAGCACGAUUCUUAGUAAGAAUUUGUUUACUAUAAUAUUAAGAGCUCAACGACCUGUGCAGUUUUUGGCUGGUGGCUUUAUUCCAUUGUCUCUAGAGUGUUUUGGCAAUAUGAUAAAAAAUGCAUUUUCCUUCUUUACUGUACUACGUAAUUUUGACUUGUAGACGAUGUUGUACAAUCGCGUCCGUGACAGUUUCAC